CAAGAGCAGCAUUAUCAUAUCAAUGGCAGCAGUAAGAGCAAUGAUUUUUGCGGCCAUUAUGGUUGCAACAUUGCCUGCGUCUUCUUCAGCUGCUUCAAUUGUCACAUUUGUUUUCGGGGACUCCCUGGCUGAAGUUGGAAACAAUAACUUUUUGCGGUACUCCCUGGCACGGUCGGAUUAUCCGCAUUAUGGGAUUGAUUUUUCUGGUGGAAAAGCAACAGGAAGAUUCACCAACGGGAGAACAAUUGGAGAUAUAAUAUCCUCAGACCUUGGGAUUCCACCACCGCCGCCUUAUCUUUCUCUGAAUGGGAAUGUUGAUGCAAUGAUUAAAGGGGUGAACUAUGCUUCUGGUGGAGCAGGGAUCCGGAAUGAUACUGGACUUUACUUUGUUCAAAGGUUAACUUUUGAUGAUCAGAUAAAUUGCUUUCUGCGGACAAAGGAAGCAAUCAAGGCAAGGUUAGGAGAUGAGGCUACAAACAAGCUUUGCAAUGAGGCCACGUACUUCAUUGGAAUUGGUAGUAAUGACUAUGUCAAUAAUUUCUUGCAGCCUUUCCUAGCAGCUGGGCAACAAUACACUAAUGAUGAAUUUGUUGAUCUCUUGAUAUCCACCUUGGACCAACAACUUUCGAAACUGUACCAGCUUGGGGCAAGAAAAGUAGUGUUCCAUGGGCUUGGACCACUGGGCUGCAUUCCUUCCCAAAGGGUGAAAUCAAGGAAAGGCCAAUGCCUAAAGAGAGUUAAUGAAUGGGUGCUUGAAUUCAACUCCGCAGCGCAAAAUCUAGUUACAUCUCUCAACAACCGCUUCCCAAAUGCAAAAUUCACGUUUGCAGAUACAUACUCUGAUAUCUUGGAGUUAGUAGACAAUCCCACUGCCUAUGGUUUUAAGGUGUCAAACACAUCAUGUUGCAAUGUGGCAGCAAUAGGAGGAUUGUGCUUGCCUAACUCAAAACUGUGCAGCAAUCGCGAUGAGUAUGUAUUUUGGGAUGCAUUCCAUCCCUCAGAUAAAGCAAACCAAGUGCUGGCUGAAAAGCUGUUCCACAGGCUCUUCUCUGCCACUGCCACUCCUGCUCCUGCUCCUGCCCCUGCCCCAAAGCCUCAUUGACUUACAAAGACAGGGAGAAAGGGCAUUAUGCAUGUUUUACCCAUACUUAAUUUUAUGACAGCAAAAGUAUGGUUAAUAUGAAAACCUCUACAAUCUUCAAUACGAAUUUCUCUAUGGAAGUUUCAUUAAAAUGCCUUAAAUCUA